AUGGGAAUAUUUUUAUUAUUAAAAAGUUUCAUUCAGUCAUUUGCAAUAUUCGUGUUGCUAAUCACAAAUAUUCUAAUAAUUUUUCUUGUAAAAACAAAAUCACCAACUAAAAUGGGUAGCUACAAACAUUUGCUCUGUUAUUUUUCAUGUUUAUCAAUGGUUUACGGUGUUUUGGAAUAUUUCAUAGAACCGUACAUAUUCAGUGAUGCUGUAAGUGGUGUGUUAAUUAUGGAUUUAAGAGGAAGUGCAUUUGAAUUAUAUCCAAAAAUUUCACUGUUUCUAAUUGUUGGCGGAACAUCUUGUUUUGGAGUCACAAUUUACGCAAUAGCAAUCAAUUUCAUUUAUAGGUAUUUUGCAAUUCAGCGCCAAGGCCGCCUUCGUUACUUUUCCGGAAAACGAAUAAUUUUCUGGAUUUUUAUAUCUCUUCUCGGUGGUAUCAUAUCGAGUAGUCUAUUCUUGACACUUGGUCCCAACGAUGAAAUGACCGAACACUUAAGAAUAAACUUGUCAAAACUAUACAACUUAGAUGUCGAUAGAAUAUCGUACAUUGGACUUUUGUUUUGGACAACUAGAAGUGGAAAUUUGCACCUGCGACUGGAAGAUUUAUUGAAAUAUUUUGCUUUAAAAGGUUUCAUGAUGAUUCCAUUUUGUAUUAUCAUUUAUUGUGGUGUGAUGAGUUAUUUAAAAAUCAAAAACUUGAAUUCUCAAGGUGAAAGUGAAUUUUCGAAACGACUUCAAGUGCAAUUGUAUAAAGCAUUGAUUGCUCAGUUUCUAAUUCCAAUGCUUUUCCUCUUUUUACCAACUUCAACUUUUAUAUCUUGCCCAUUAUUUAAAUUAGAUAUUUCUUGGAUGAACCGUAUAAUUACAAUUUUAUAUUCAUUUUAUUUCGCGUUGGAUCCGUUUCCCAUAAUUUACUUAGUGGAUGAAUAUCGAAAAGCAGUGCUUGGUUUCUUCCGCUAUAUCAGAAGGAAUCAUCAAGUUUCUUCAGUUAUAAUGAACGUAUCAAAUCUGGAAUGA